AUGUGGCGGGAAAAUUUUAUCAUCAAUCUUUUGGAUGCAAUCAUCAUUCAUAUGGCAUGGCAGAAGGUAUCAAAAGAAACAAUUUUAAAUUGUUUUACGCAUGGGGGUUUCUUGGAGGUUGAGGAUCAUUUUGAUCCCGACGAUGACCUGCCACUAGUCGAGUGGAUGAAGAAAAUUCAACAGGAAGACGAUCUUCGAGACAAUAUUAGAACCAAUCUUCCUUAUAGUGAAAACGAUUUCAAUAAAUUUGUUCACAUUGAUGACCGAGUUGUGACUGUCGAAUACCUGUAUGUUGAUGCCAUUGUAGCUGCUAUAUCUUCGGCAGUUGAUACUGAUGAUGACGAAAAAAAGGAAAAUAAAGAUGAAGAAUCUAUGAGUAUGGAGCUGAUACCAACUCCAACCACAUCAGAAGCACUUCGUCAUUUCCUUCAGUCACGAAAUACUCCGCAGCGUGUGCUAGAUCGACUAGCUGAAGUGGAAUUACAUAUUAAUGAUAUGCAUUUCACAAACAAAAAAAACGAAUGA